AUGGCUUUCUGUACCUGGUUGUGUCUUUCUGUGGGGAUUUUACUGUCGACCUGUGAAGCUGGGAGGCAGAUGCCAAAACUCUCCGACAAGAAACUCUGUGCCGACUCUGACUGCAGCCAUCCCAUCUUGAUAGCUCGUGCUCUGCAGGACUUCUACCCUGGAGACUGCAGGUUCAUCCCCAUCCGACAGGGGCAGCUCGUCUACGUUUACGCCAUGCUGAAAGACAGAGGGAACCUCUUCUGGGCUGGCACUGUACAGGACUCGUAUUACGGAGAACAGGAGGCUCGCAUCGGCCACUUCCCCAGCAGCGUCGUGGAGGAGACGCACGUUCUGAUGCCGGCCAACACUGAAGUAAAAACUACUAAAUGGGACUUUUACUGCAACUGAUGCAGCAUUUACUGACAAAAAGAAGACAUGCGGCAUCGUAACUAACUGCGAUCUAUAUGUCGUGUAAUAACUACAAGAUGUUUUUAUUUAAAGACCUGAAAUAAAGCAGAACAUCAUGCAUGACUGUUAGAUUAUAGUUAUAUUCUGGUGAAUUCAUCUAACAGGUUUUAAGUCCUACAAGUGAACAUACCCCACUAUUAAUAUUCUCUUUUCUUUGCAUUUUAAAGCAGUGUGCUCCACUUUAAUGUGCAGAAACAAUAUAUUGUUUAUACAUCCAUGCCCCAUUUACACAAAAAUCAGUUGUACAAUGUAAUGUUUAGUGACAAUGAAAUAAAAAAGUAAUUAAGCAAUAGACAUGCUUUAGU